AUUGGAACCCGGCUGGGAUUAUAUUUUCACGCUUUGGACGUCGACAGGUUCGCUUGUAGAUCAAGAUUUCCAAGUUACUUCUCGGUUUUCUUUUGUCCUCUCGGUCUGGUCGUCAUGUCCUCUACUACAGCUUGUUCUAUCGGUUCUGCUCGGAACAGACCACACAGAUGAAGAUGGUGCACUUUAACAUAGAGGAUCGGUUUAUUUCUUGCCCCGCACAGAAGAAGUGAUAGUGAUAGUGAUAGUGAUAGUGAUAGUGAUAGUGAUAGUGAUAGUGAUAGUGAUAGUGAUAGUGAUAGUGAUAGUGAUAGUGAUAGUGAUAGUGAAGCAGUGCCUACAUCUCUAGUGAAACCGUUCUUGACGGUCGUGCACCUCUUCUUGAGGCCUUGCUGGUACUAUCGGUUUUCAUCUUCUAUGCGGAGUUGUAUUUUUGCCUGUACCACCGCACAGUGCAGGAUAACAAGCUAUACAACCACCUGCAAUCGUUGUGGCAGUUUCAAGUUUGUAAAUUUAUUCUGGUUCAUCACUAUGUAAAGAAAACCGCACUAAGUGCUGCAAUGACCUUUCAGUCAUACAUCGCAAGCAACGCAACGCGUACGCGAAUGCGCAAGCGCAACCGACGAAGAUAAGAAUUUUGUCAAAUAUUAAUCGUCGUGUAACUUUCUAAUUUGUAGAAGCAAUUUUUACGUCGAGGAUUCAUACGCAUAAUCACCCGAACAUAAAUUUCCUACCUAGUUAAAAAACACACUGAAUAAUAAACUCAUCAACCUUGAGUUAUUUAUACCAUGAACCCGUGCGAUAUUUUGGACAACGCCGGCGAAGCCGCGGCCGGCAAGUGUUUUUCCUUGUGUUUCGCCAGUUCCUCUUCCUCCAAGCGCGUUGUGCCCCCGCAGAAACUGCCGGAGGUGUCGGAACAGGGCAAAUCGGAGCAGAACGACGAGUACUUAGCCGCGCUGUUCAACACGUUCGAUUCUAACUUGGACGGCAAAUUAACUGAUGCGGAGCUCGAACAGCUCCAGACUUUGCUCGACCACCCGCAGUCGCUGAACUCCAGCUCUCAGAACCUGACUGGGUGGAAAACUUGGGCGCGUGACAGAUCCGGCGGGCAGCGGGACCUACCCGACGCGGAAAAAGUGUUGAAGAAGCUGAUCCUGGACCGAAAGGGCGUCGCCCUGGAGCCCUGGGAACAGGGCGAGUUGCAGGAGGCUUUCAUGAUGGUGGACAAGGACAAGAGCAGCGAGAUCAAGGGGGAGGUAUGAACUGAAAAUAUGUCUGGGUCUGGAAUCUUGUGAUGCUAGUUCGUGCAUGGCGGGCGCACUGCGUUACGUCGCAGCCACGCAUGACAAGUUUCUGAGCUCCUACGUGUUUCGCUUCCUGCUUGACAAACUGCGUCUUUGCACGACAGGUAAGAGGCUGCUUUCCUGCUCAUGCAUGACAGAUUCCAGAGUCAUGCGAGACAAGCAUGACAAACUUGCAUUCUUCCAGACCCAGACACAUUUGCAUCUGAUAGGAGGAAGAAAUGAACGACUUUCUCUUCUACUGCGGCCAGAAGAAAACGCUCGGACCCUUCCUGAUCCAACUGUGCGACAAAGAUCAGUCGGGCGGCUUGAACAUCAAAGAGUAUGACAGUGCACAACUCCCCCUCCCCCUCGUUUGUAUUGCAUGAACAGCAAUACAAGCGUCAGCAUCAGCAAGAAUACCCAAUACGGGUUUUGCGUGAUAAAUUUGGACAGGAGUGUGGUGUUAUUUGGGCUGCCAGAACUUGUGAUGCCAACAGUCCUUAGAGCCAAUGCGUAAAUUAGGUAUUUUGCAUUACAAAUGAGGGGGAGGGGGAGUUGUGCACUUUCAUAAAGAGGUCGAAAAGUACAUGAUGCUGCUAAAAGCCUGCUUGCUGAUGCUAUCGUAGGGGAAAAGUGGUUCACAACUGUGAUGAUUUACUUAUUUGCAAGGGUAUUGUUGCGACACAAGUACAAUUUUGCUUGAAGAAGGCGAGCUAUCUAAGGAUAUUAACAGAGCUACCAAUCUUUGGCGGUCUUGCAUGCGUAGGAAGACAAGCACUUUAUUUCGUUGUUGUUGUAUCCUCCGCAACAUCUUCACAUGUGCACGGUGAAUCAGUUUUUUCUUGCGAUACACGCUUUACGUCCGGUACUACCCCUACGUGGCCAAAGACUCCGCGGAACAAGGAUUCAAAGGCUACGAUGUUCAGGCCGACGCCUGCGCGUGGGCGGCGGAUUUGGAGUACGAGCUGAAACUGCCCGACGGGUUUUUGCAGUCGGUGCUGACCGGACCCAGCCCCGGGGCGGAAGACAAGGAGCUGCCCCGCAUCAAGACGGUAUUCGACUGGAAGCGUCUGGUCCUCGGGGCGCCCAACAAGAAAAUCCAGGGGCUCCGCGACAUGCAGCUCUGCACCGGGGCGCCCGCGGAUUCUAUCAAAUGUAAAAAUGUCUGGGUCUGGAAGAUUCUGACACUUGUCAUGCACGUUUUGCAUGAUCCCUGAUGUCUGUGAUGCAUGCCCUAGCAUCACAGAUUUUUUGAGAGCUUCUUGAUGCCUAUUCCGCAUGACAAAUGCCUUAUCAGCGUAGCAAAGCAGAGGAGAAAAGUGCUGUAGAUGGCGCGAGCGCGACGACUAAGACAGCGGCUCUUUUAGUUUCUUCAGAGAUGACGGGAGGUUUUGUUUUGAUGUGUAUCAAAUUCGAAAAAGAGAUAGAACAGACGGAGUACACUACUCGUACGAAAAAGAAGAGGAAGCUGCGCAUGAGUUAUGCUGUAGAUGGCGAGGCUUCUUCCCGGAGCACAUCCAGCAUUUUUCUCGCCGCACGACUCAACUUUUAUCGCUACACAAGAUAGUAGCCGUGCAGUCUGGAAAAUAAAAAUGGUUUACAUCUGUGAAGAAAAAGAAGAAAGUGCUAUUUGUUUUAUUUUUUGUUUUACGAGCGGUUGAGGGGCACACUGCCAACACCAUCAUAAGCGGUUGAGCAAGCUACACGGAUAGAUGGAAAGACGAAACAGCGACGGGGGCCCUCUAAGUAUUUUUCUUUUCGAAAAGAGAAAUAGAGAGGUCGUUCGACAGUCCUCUCCUGCAAGUCACGAUAUUGAUCGACCUACUGUCAACCCAUUAAGACAGCAGAACGCAUAGAACCAACUAUGAAGAGGCUAAUCUGCACCGACCUGAUACGGUUGGAACCACGAAAGAAGAAGAUCGAGAAGAAGAGUGGUCGCGCUACAUCGAUGAGCGAGAAAUGGACUCUCCGGGUUAAUAUCGAAGGCAAUAUUUAUCGCAAAGUGUAUGAUUUGAAAUUGCACCAACGGGAUAGCAGCAUGCGAAAGCAAGCUAUAAGCUACGUCGGAAGCAACAAAGAUAUUAGAUAAAAAAGAGAAGAAGGAAGAAAAAGUUCGAUUUUACAAGGUAAAUCCGAAGCUACUACACAUAAAGAAAAGCAGGACUAUCAUCACCGUGCGAGCUGAAAAGGUGUGCUGCUGCGUACUCAUGCUGAGGGGCAGUAGCAUACCGACCGCGGCAACGAUAGAGAAAUAGACAUAGCACCUAUUUUCGUUGUAGCCGACGACGAGUUUCUUUUUAUACAUAAUUUUAACAGAAAAAGCUCUAGCCACGACCGGGCGCGGUCGGCGCAGUGCAAAAAAAAAAAAAAGGGAUAUAUAUAAAAAAAAAAAAAAAAAAAAAAAAGAUGUACACUAGCAGUCGGCACAAAACGCGGAUAAAGAAGAGACGGAAGCUAGUGCAAAAAAUAGAAGUUAGCUGAAGGGUAAAUAUGUACAAGACGGACUGCAGCGCGGAGCAGCCGCGUCUUCACCACGAAGGGCUUGACACUACCGCAAAUUCGGACCGACGUUACCCAUAACGAAAAUAGAUGGAAGAUACGAAGAAGCGAAAAGCAUUUCCCUCCGAGGCCAGCAAAGUAGUGCUGUUGUUUCGCUACCAAGUGAGGCAGCAGCACGAAAAGCAAGCACGGCAUGGAUAAAGAAAUAUGAAAACAAAUGGGAAGGUGAGAGCUCCCAUGACGUCGAGAAUUCGCAGCUUAAUUAUCUGAAUUCAGGAGCCGAAGUAUGGACAAGAGGGAAUAAGAGACUGAAUUAUUUUUGUUGUUGUGUUUUGAGGAUGAAAAAAUGAAAAAUAAGGAGAUGCAGAAGAAGUCGAAGCAGAAAAAACUGCCAGUGCCUGAAAAUACAAGGCGAGGAUGCUGAGCCAGGAGAGCCGAAACUUUUCACACGAGGACGAGUAUGAAGCCGGGGACGAAGGAUCAAAAUGAGUAAGAGUAACGCUUCCCUCGCGACAGGUCCCAGAUGAAACGAAAUGCAAAAAGGAUCACAAGCGAAGCAAGAAAUCCUAGCAGCGGCAGCAAAAAAUAAGAGGAUCGAAAUAACCUUGCAACGAGCAAGGAGCGCACCCAAGCCAAGAUGUCCAUCGCGCUGCGCAACCCUGUUGCGUGCUGCGUCUUUCUCUGUCCUCCCGCGGACAAAUGUGCCUUUCCUCUGCCUUGGCAUGUGGCGGCGGACCAUGCCCCCACCUGCGCCUCGGAACACAACUUGCUUGCGCCCUUUUUUGCCCCUGCCUUCCUGUCCCCGCGCACAGCGCUUCUGUGUUUCAGCCUUGGAAACCAGCGCGCACGCUCUGCCCACGCUUCAAGGGUGCUCUGCCGUCGCGGCAGGCCGCGUCCGUACUUCUAGGUAGGAAGGACAUCGGGUGAUGGGGUGCGGUAAGAUAAACCGAGGAGCAUGGAAUUGCAAUAAACGAUCGGCGUUUGCAUGAGCGGAAAGAUCGACAACAAGAAAAGACGAAAGAGAAUGAUAGAGAUAGCGAAAUGACGGAAAUAAUUCUUGCAAAUGCCCCCAAUGAUAAAUAAAAAGGACGAACAGCGACAACAAAGGGCAGAAUCUUUUUUUUUGAGAAGAAUAGAGCUGGAGCGAAGCCUUGGGCCAUUCUUUGUUUAUCGAUAGCCACGCAACUAGAAUAAAGAGUAUCAAUAGUUGACAUUAUAUUCUUUCUGAAGAAAGCGCAAGUGAUAGGUAGUAGAGGCUGUGAAGGAAGGGGGGAAGAAAGAAGAAACGAAAAAAAUUGAAGGAAAAUGGGGAGGGGACGUAAGAAGAAGUCGACGGCCGGCCCAUGCCGCGACAAAGAAAAUCACGCAAAAUUUGCAAACAUUGAAGCGGAACAGUUGAUGGAGUUCUUGGGUCAGCUGACGGACCAGGACCCGGAUACGAUCCAAAUGCAUUCGCGAGAAGGAUGCGACAAAACAGCUGCGGCGCUGUGGAUGGAAAAGCGGGCUAUCGUGAGGUUCUGGAGUAGCGGCACUUUGAUGCUCCAAGGGGACGGCGCCCUUAUGGCCGACUUGUUCGAGGAGUUCCGCGACACCGGAGAGCAGAUCGAUGAAAAACAAAUCGGGACGGGAAAAGUGACGGAGUGGAAAGAAGACCAAUACCUCCGCCCGAGCAAUGAAAUGAAAAAGGCGAUCGAAUGGGAGAAAGAAGCAGGGAAAGGGGGGAUGGGAUACUGGGGAACGUCGAACCAGAUCCAGAGCGGAAAAAAAGGAAAAGGCUACUACUGGCCCGAAGAAACGGGCUACGGACACUACCCCGGCAUGGGCGGAGAAGCGUACCACUACCAAAAUGAAAGUGAAGGGCACUGCGAAUACAAGAUGGGAGGAGAGUUUUGCCACGGCUGGGAAGCGGAUAAAGGGGGAGGCUACGGGAAAGGUCUCGCGAAGAACAAAGAUGGAAAAGGCGAAGCCUUCUACUACCAACAGGAAGGAGGGAAAGGGGAAGACGAGAAAGAAGAGAAAAACGAAACAGGAAAUGGAGCCCACCCCGCAACUAGAGUGAAGGAGGAAUCGCAGAUGGAUCAGGAGCACGACGAGGAAACCGGGGCGGACCAUACAGCCGGAAGCGAAGGACUGGCGGGAGAGGGUACCGGGAAAAACGAUCAGGGAUAUUACGGGAAAGAACAGAUGAAAAAAGGGAAUGGAUGGGACGCGGAAUGGUUUCACUACCCCCCCCCAAUGUUCGGUCCCAAGUCGGGCCCGUACGGAGGAAAAGAAGGGGCGGAGCACUGGCACACGAAAGGCGGAAAAAGAAGCAUGCCCUACGGCAAAGCAGGAGGAAAAGGGGGAUGGGGCUGGGGAAAAGAAAAAAGUUGGCAGAUCACCGGCAAAGGAACAGGUGACGGAGGGUACGGAGACCAGGACCACGGGAGCGGGAUGCAGUGGGGCAUGAACGGAGGCGAAUACUAGCAGGCAAACGAGGAGCGGAUAGCGGAUGAGCGACGGGAUAUACCGAAGGAGACUGGAAGGAGAAGACAGACAUAAGCGAGAUAGAAACGAGGCGGAGACACUUACUAGGCACUAGUUUUGAGAAGAUUUAGACUUUAGUUUUACACUCAGGGUUAGCCGCAGUACGACUCUGACUAGUCGGACGAAGGGAAGAACAGAGACGAAAAUAACUUAGACAAAUGGGUUAGAGCAAGCAGAGAACCAUUUUUGGAAUAUGAAGAGGCUUUUUUAUGGCUCACCCAAAAUACAGUGGUUGAACGGAGAGGAAUGAACGGGAACAGUGGUGGGCUUUGCAUGCAUGAAAAUGAAACAACGUGUAGGCAGGCGCAUUACUUCACGGAAGGGGUAGAUGCGUUAGAUAGUUGUGUCUCAGGAACAGAAAAACAGGCAGCAGCGAAAAGAUCAGGGCAAACCUUCUAAAUGCAAUGAGUUGAAAAAUCAGGAAGCAGAAGGAGGUGAAAAAAUUUAGAAAAUUGCUGACGAUCCAAAUCUUUAGCAUAGAACCGGAAGUAUAGUAGCGACCGAGAGCUGUAACAAAACGAAGAAAGAUCCAAAAUGGAGAUCGCCCCGCUGCGUUUCAGGCCGCCGCCGAAGACAAAUAUAGAAGGAGAGAAGAAACAAAAGAAAGAGGCGCAGAACGAAGAGAAAACGAACACAACGAAAGACGGGAGAGCAGAGGACUGGCUAGAGGCACUAAUAAAUGAAAAGAGAAAGGACGCUCUGGAGAUACAGAGAAAAAGCCAAGAAGAGGAUCGGCAAGAGCGGGGCGGCAUGCUGAUAGACGAGCUGAUAAGCCAACGAGGAAAGGAAACGGAGGUGACGGCGCGCGCGAGGCCGGAUACGACGAUCGCGGAAAUCAAUAAAAAGCGCGGGAAAAUGAGCGCGCGGAUACUGAAAAACUUAGCAGCAGUAAGGAGAAAAAGGAAGACGCCAAUGACUAAAUGGCUGCGAAGAACGCCUGAAAGGGAUGCGGAGGGUAAACUGCUGACAAUAAAGCAGAGACAGCAGAUGGCGAAAGCGAUGAGACUGAAAGCAGGGGCGGAGAAGAUGCGGGCGCUUUUCACAGCAGCAACAAAAGACGAAGAGACGAAUGCGGAAGUGGAGGAUGAAAGGGACAAGAAAAGAGCGCUCGGAAUCGUCCGCCUCCGGAGAAUGUCCCGGAUACAGUGGAAAAUACACAUCGGAGACUAUAUGAGAAGAUGGCGAGAAAAGGAAAAGAAGAAAAAAAAGAAAAGGAAAGAAGAGAAGAAGAGCCAAGAAAUAAAAGACGCAAAGAAUACAACAUCAAAAAAUGCGCGAAAGCGCCUAGCUACAGCGCUCGAAUCCGAUGAGGAAUAUGCCAGAUGGCAAGAAAGAGCAAGAGAGUUGAUAGCGACGAAAUCGUAUAAAGGAAGCGCGGCCUUGGUCGAGCUCUCGCGGACGGAGAGAAUGGAACACGAAAAGAAGAGAAUACAAAGAGCAGCAGAAGCUCAAACGAAAAGGAUGAAGGAAACGCGAAAAAAUGAAAGCAGAGCACAAAGGGCGGAGCGUUUGGGAAAAAAGAAAGAAAAAAGAAAAGAAAAAAGGGAAGGAAGCAACUCGGAAGCAGAGUCAGCGGCAGAAUAGAACGAGGCGGCAGAAUGAGGGACAGAAGGAAUGAUAACAGCAGCUCCGCUAUACAGAGGCAGACAUAAAAAGAAAGGAGAGCCUAACGCUAUAAAAUACUGAAGAACAAAGAAAGACUGAUCUCCAAACGAAAAAGCGUUCGACAGAUCGCGAGCGGAAGAAUCUAAAUUGCCAAAAAACACCCACAGCGACCAUAGAAGGAAGACUGGAAAGCUUAGUAGACGUGAUAGAGUGACUUCGACUAGCGAGAGAGUUUGUAGAUAGAUAUAGAGUGUAGAAGGUAAGUAGAGCAGAGCGCUACGCUUAGAAGGACUAACCCAAUGAAAGCGGUAGCGAGUAACUAAUUAUAUAAGUUAGUAGGCAGCCUAACUGAGAAUAGAAGAAAUAAGACAGAAUGGCAAAAAUGGAGGGCAUGAAGAUCGCGAAGGAGGAGACGCUACUGCCACGAGAAGAAGAGGAGUCGAGCGGGACAAGAAAUGAAGAAAGAAGAGGGUGGCAGGAAAACAGUAACAGAAGAAACAAAAAAGAAGAAAAAGAAGGAAACGGACUGGGAGGAGAUAGAGAAGAAAAAAGCGAAGACGAGAGAGAAAUAACAGAAGAGGAGGGAGCAGACGAGCAGGAAGGAGACGAACUAGAUGAGAAAAAAGAAAGAGAAGACGGAAGCGAAGAAAUGAGGCGGGAGCGCCACCCUUUCUGGAACAUAAAUGGAGUAAAGCGGCGAAAUGCGCUACGUCUGCUAAAAGCAAACACAAAGAUAACGCCAAGGCUAACAGGAGCCAGCUGCGCAGAGCUCAAAGUAGCAGCGCUAACAGACGAGCAAGCAGCUUUCCAACACGUUGAAGAGGAACGGAAGGCGUUGGGGAUUCCAGACACGAGACCGGCAGUGUACUUUGCGGCGGCGACAAAUAUGAAAAAAGUGGCCGCGGAACUCAAUGCGGGGGCAGUGGGGGUGAUAUACAUAGAAGAGCCAAAGAGGCUGCCUGACAGUAUAUAUAGCGCGGAGAUACUUCGGAAAGAUAUGGGAGGGACAUUCCUGCGGAAAGGCAUAACCAAUAAAGAGGACGCUUUGCUAUGGAUGGUAGCAGCGCAAGACGAAAGAGGAAUGCUGGUCGUGGUCUUCUACCGCAGGCCAGCAAAGGACGCACCCAUAAAAGACAGCGAAGAGGCGAUGUUUAUUCGCAAGCAAAUGGCAGAAAUGACCGCAAAGCUCGAAAAAAUGAUAGAAGAAUGCGGAAUGGCAAUAAUGACGGGAGGCCUGAACUGUCAGUACGCAAUAGAAGAAAGAGGAAAGAUAAAACUUGAAAGAGAAAAAACAGGGGCGCAGAAGAUUUAUUUCGAGGAGGUGAUAAAGCCAUUAGAAAACAUGCUGAACAAGCAUGCGGAGACACUGCCAACAGGAGGGCCAACAUGCUACCGCAGCCAAGAAAACCCAACUACGAUUGACUUCAUGGCAAUAGCAGGAAAAAAGGGCAGGGUGGUGGCGAAAGUUUGCGAGAGGGUGCAGAUACCGCAAGAGGUAAAACAGGACGAGGAUCAGAAUCAGGAACAAGAUGAAAAUCAGGAGGAGGAGUCGGACCACGUAGCUCUACUUGCAGACGUGGUAUGGAUACCGCCCCCGAAGUGCAUAGGGGAAGUGCAAAAAGAAAAGCAAGCGAAAGAACAGAAGCGAUGGGCCUUCAACGCACGGCGCUCACUCGUGGCGCCGACGGUGGAAAGCGCAAAAGGGAGAAUAGAAAUAAUCAGGGGGAUGAGAAAAUUCCAAAAAGCCAACCCGGUGAGACAGGUGGCGAAGUGGCCGCGGAAAUCGAUAACACUAGAAAGGCUUCAGGAGACGAUGGAAAAAGCAGGGACAAUACCAACAGAGCGGAGAACAAUGCUGGGAGUACAGAAAUGGCUCAUGGACAAACUGAACGAGGCGGGGGUCCUCAAGGUGCAAAAAGUAGAAAAGGGAGGGAAGCUUAAGGCUCAAUGGCAGAAGCAAAAUAGAGAGAAGCGGAAAGAAGAGAAAAACAUAAAGCAAGAAGAAGGAGAGCAAGGCGAAGAGGAAAAAGAAAAGGCGGAGACAGCCGAAAAGGAGUGGGCGCAGUCAUUUCCGCAAAUGCCAAAAAAGGGGCAAAAGACGGAAAAGGAAAUAUACGAAACAGCAAGAAAAGUAAAAGAAGCGAUAUGUGGAGUAGGAAGGGGAAUGCCAAUGGGAGAGGCAAAAGAAGUGACAGUAGGCGGAAUACUAGUGAAAGGGGUAGAGGCAGCGACGGAGAGGAUCGCUAGCAGCCACCUGCUAAAGUGUGAACCCACGAGGAAGGAGAACGGAAAGAAGCACACCUAUGACGCAAAGGAGCUAGCGAAAGCACUGGGGCAGCUAACGCAAGCAUGCAGGGAGGUCAAAAGCCUACGCUUUACCGGCCCACAGUUAAAGGAACACGUAAAAAGACUCAAUCCUGAGGCCGCCGGUAUGGACGGCCUCAGGAUGGAAAUUUAUAAAGCACUCACGCCGGAGCAAUAUGAGAUCCUGGCGGAGGUGUUUAAUAGAUUCUUAAAAGAGGGAGAGGAAUUCGAAAUGAAGCAAAGCGCAAAGAAAAAUCAGCCGGCGUUGCUGGAAGAGCACCUGAACGCGGUGCAGGUAGAACUGUUGAAAAAGCAGACAGCAGCAACGACGGCAAUAGAAAAAAUCCGGACGGUGAUACAGGGGACAGCGAUCAUGCGAGUGCUGCUCAGCGUGGUAGUCUUCGAAAUGGCGCGCGUAGCCGACAAAAGUGAUGCGUUUACAAGGUGUGGAUCGGCGUCAAAGCCAGGGGCUAGCUGCCAAGCGACAGCGCUACAGGUAUUACAGACAUGCCACGAAGGCGGUGGGGUAGAGAAACAGAAGGAAGCACAAGAAAAAAAGGGAGAGGAAAGAAGUAAGCAGGAAGCAAUUGCGUUCGGGCUAGAUGCAUCCAAUUACUUCAACAGCAUUGGAAUACCGAGAGCAGUAGAAGCAUACAGAACAGCAAAGCUGCGCCCGUGUCGCACAGAGCCGCCCCCGGCGCCAGGCUCUUUAUUUUCGCGCUAAUUUUCCUACAGUCGGCGCUCUUGCGGGGGCGCUAAUUUCUUGUCUAAGUUUUUGUUUAAUUUCUUGUCUAAUUUCCUGUCUAAGUUUUUGUCUAAGUUUUUGUCUAAUUUCUUGUCUAUUUUCCUGUCUAUUUUUUUGUCUAUUUUCCUGUCUAUAUUCGCGGUCUUUGCCGCCUCUAAUUUCUGUCUAAGCAGCGGCCUUGGCCGCUUCGGCUGCUGUCUAUUUUUUGUCUAAUUUGCCCAGUUGGGCAAUUUGCGUGCGAUUUUGCCUAUGUCGGCCGUUGCUCUGAAAUUUAGGCGCAAACUUAGAAAAUUUCGGGACGUGGUCAAGAACGGCUGAAAGGGUUGGCGGCGCAAUUGCUUCGCCACUGCGCCUUUCUGGCGGGUCUUCGGCGAUGGGCUCAGGCGUCUGCGUUCUGCAAGUCGCCCGCGCCCCGCCUGUGUCCCCGGCAAGGGUUGCCCGCCUCGGCCUAUUGCCCGGGGCGGGCUUGCUCGCCCAGGCUAGGGCUUGGGCGGUUCAAAAAAUAGCGGGAAUGUAGGCAGUCGCCCGCCGGGGCUGGCUCUCCGCGACCCGUGCUUUAUAAAGCUGAUAAUAGUAACAGCGUGGACAAAAGACCUAUGGAUAAGAAAUGGGGAUUGCUACGGCCACGUAGUCAGACAUAGAGAGCUCAUCCAGGGCGCAGUGGAGACGAUGCUCGGGGGGACUCUGAUGUUUCUCCCGGGCGUAGAAAUUGUAGCAGAAUUCUUGGAAGAAGUUUUUGAUGAAGAAGGGAGAACAAAUAGAGAAAGACUGCAGAAAGCAGAGGCUAAGCUGCGCGCGAGAAUAGCAAGGCUAUACAAGGGAGGGGACAUAGACACAAGUUUUCGGGACUACGACCACCGGACGGAGGUGGGCGAAAUAUACCAAAAGGAGGCCGGCCCACCAGUAACGGGAUAUAGGAGAGGAGAAAAAGUCACAACAGGGCAAGGGAAAGAGAAAAAGGGCGAAAAAGCAAGAAAGACGGAAUUUCGGCACUACAUGGGAAAGCUCCCGCAUGACAACAAGAGAAAAUGGGCCCUAGCGGUUCAAUAUGUGGACGACGGGACCACUGUCCUGAAGUUUUUUGUAGAAGAUAUAGAAGUGGUAGCGGCAGCAUUGAGAGCAGCAAGCUGGGCGUGCCAAAAAAUCUAUGAAACAGAAGGGCAAUUUCUGGCGCCCCUGAAGUGUGAAUUUGCCACGUCGCUGAAAGACCCUGCGAAAAUCAGCAUUCUGCGGCAGGCUUUCCAGCCUUUUGGAAUAAUGUUCGAAGAGAAGGACUUCCUGAAGAUCUUAGGAAUAAGGAUAGUGCCAACGAACAAGGAGGGACAGCGCAAGGCUCUCAGGAGCCAAGUUCAGCAGAGCAUAGGAAUAGGGCAGCACCUGGCCUACCAGGUAAUGUCAAGACGGAAAAAGCUAGAGGGGGAGGAGCUGGCGUGGAUAGUCCAAGUGUUCUUUGUGUCGUCGAUGAUAUACUUUCUACCGGUGAUGCAGCUCUAUUUCGACAUGCAGGACUGGGCGACAAUGCUAGGAGAAAUAUCGCUAACAAUAGCAGAGACGAUAGGGAUGACAGAGGAAACGGUGGAAGAACUGAUGAGAAAGACGAACACAAAUGCAGAAACUUUCUACCGCGUAGUUUUCGGGGCGAAUAUGCUAGGAAUUACAGACCCUUUCACGCUGGGGCUGAAAACACUAAGAGCAACAGCCCAAGCAAACUACUUGACAGACCCGGGGGGUUUCAUCCAAAUGGCAACAAUGCCACUCAAAGUAGUGGGGGAAUCGAAGGCAGGAAUAGCAAGAGCUGUGGAAAGAAAAAUAAUGAAGAGAAUAGAAGCUGACAUAGCACUACUGCAAGCACUCAGAGACGGAGCAUCGGUGAGGUUGUCUGCGGGGAGCGACCUGCGGGGGGUAGGAAUAGUAAGAAAAACUAACAAAGCAAAACCGCAGAUGGUACAAAGCCAGCACGUGUACAGAUGCGACAGGAGUCUGCUUGCGGACAAAAUAAGACAAGGGGGGAAAGGCAAGAAAGGGCAGAGUGACUACAUGACGAAAAUAUGGGUAAAACACACGGACAAAGAAGAAGCUACGAUGGUAACAGUAGAGGAAUGGAAGGGGAAAGAAGAACACAUGGCAACAAUUGAAACGAGGCAGGACCACCUAAAGACAGAAGCUAGGACAGAAGAGCGAAAAUUCGUAGCGUAUUGCAAUAACGCCAUAAGAGCAAUAGAGAUGGUGAAGAAACAGCAACACGAAGGGAGUGGAGGAGUGUGCGCGUGCUUGCUGGAUUACGACGAGAUGAAAGAGAAAACGCGGGGGCUUCUGCGGAAAGAGCAAGGGAUAGCGUUAGAGCUGCAGGAGGAAAUAGAAAAAGCAGAGGAACAGAUUCCGGGCUUAACAAUAGUCAGGCGCUGGGGGAAGCAGAACGCGCCAAAAACCCUCGCAAAAAGUGAAGCACAUGGGGGCUAUACAGAAGUGAUACCCUUAAGGGUGGCAAACGUGUCGAAGCAUGAUGAUGAAUAUGCUGAAUGGGUUCAGUACGAUUUCGGCGAAAAAAAUGCACCGACAAAACCGAUCUGGGAAUGGCCGGAAAUGUCAAAAAUAGAAAGACAAGCGUACAUCUGCCGGAAGAUUAUAGGAGACGAAAAGAAAGACGGGCAGAAAGUGGAGGAGGGAGGUGGUAACGGCGAGGACGACAGAAGGAAAGGCAGCACAGGAGAGAGGAAGGGGAAGGGGGCAAGUAGCAGUGCGAAGGGGAAAGCUCGCUGCGAAAAAGGCCCCAAAGGGAACACUGCGACGACAGACACGAGCAGGGAGAUAGUCAGCGGGUCAUUAGCAGAAACAAUCAGAAAAAUGGUAGAAGGGGAAAAGAUAAAAGCACAGAAAGAAGGAAGCGAAAUGCUGCAGAGGGCGCUGGACAUAAUAGGAAGAGCCACAGACCUACUAGAAACAGCCGUAGACGGUCCAUUAGAAUCUCGCGCGACGUCGAGCAGCAGCAACAGGAGGGACGUGCCGGAAAUAACAGAAGAGCGAAAGGAAUCAAAAGAAGAAGAAGAGAACGAAAUAGAAGAAGCUGUGUAUUUCUCCCCGGCGCAGGAGUACCAGGGAAGCCGCUCAGGAUACGUGUACAAACUCGGGCGCUUUGGCAUGGGAUAUUAUAAGGAUCAAGGACCGGAGGAGGCAACGCGGGAGAUGAUCCAAAAAAUUACGAUAGGGGGGCCAGGAGGAAAACUGCCUAAGAGGGAAAUCUCGAAAGAACAGAAAACAGCGAAAAAAGAAGUCGCAGGAGAUGUGACGCGACAAGAGAAGAACACGCAGCAAGUGCGCCAAGUGGCAGAGGAGGAGGAGGAGAUAGAAAUGACAUCACGAGAAGCAGAAGAACCAGGCGGAGAGGGGAGAUCAGGAAGUCUGAGAAAGAAAAUCGCCAAAGACAUAAGCGAAACAGUGGGGGAAAAAGAAGAUAAAAAGGAAGAGGAAAGAUUUCCAACACUGGAGGAGCUGAACGAGAGGGACCGGAAGCGGGACCGCGAAGAGGCAGCAGAACGGGAGGAGGAGCGCAAACGGCAGGAAGAAAGGAGAUCUAUGAAAAGACUGAAGCGUGAUAAUUCAUUACAGGAAGAGUUAGCCCAGAUGUUUAGGAACACGCACUGAGAAACGAUGAUGAAAGAGAUGUUGAAAAUAAUGAAAGGAAAGAAAGAGAACGAAACAGAAGGGCGAAAAAUGGGGGAGCAGUGUUCUGGGUGUCGGCGGAGGGAAGAGGAAGCAGAGGAAAGAAAAAGAAAGAAAAAGUGGCUCCCUUGGUCGUAUCAGCUAGCCUGCAAGGGCUCCGUUUCCGCCAGCUGAAAGGCACGGCGCUGCUAAUCAUCUCGUCCUCGCCAGCCAAUAGGCACGGCACUGCUAUCCCGUCGUCGUCAGCGCGUCCCUUUUACUAGUAGGUGGGAACAGGGUUGCUAAUUUAAAGACUGCGCUAAGGCAGCACCCCCCUUCCCCAAGGGGUCCCCCCGGGGCGGGCGCGGUGGCGGCUCUGCUAACGCGGAGCUUCAAUGUCCGAUUCUACCUAUGCGCAUAAAAAGGGUGCGCGGAUGCAGGUCGGUAAAGUGCUUGAAAGGGGCAUGCUUUGGGGUUGCCCGUCAUCGUAAUAGGGUCAACGUGUGUGACCAAUAGACCCCCUGUAUACCUAGCGCGCAACCGACCACAGAAGCUGUAGCGUUCAAUGUUUGUAAGAAUAACCCAACAAGGCAACACUGGGGCUCCACCUUGCUCGAGGGCUUGGAUGGUAAAUCAGGUCAGCCACAUCUAGCGCCCACUGGCCGUACUCAUGCGUAAGCAAUCGCAAGCGGUUCGGCGGAUGCGGUCGGGUGGUACCUGUAGGACGUGGAACGGGUGUCCACCUAGGGGUAUUGGCAGAGGCUAAAUCUGUUCUAACGCCACGGUAUUGGCAGAGGCUAAAUCUGUUCUAGCGCCACCCUGACAGGAGUCAAAUGUCAAAGCGAUGCGAUAGCGUAGCAAAAAUAGCAUUCCCUUUGGUACUCAUGCAAUACAGAUUUUUUUGGAAUCCAAACGCAGCAUCACAAGUUGCAUUCUUCCAGACCCAGACAUUUUUACAUUUGAUAGAUUCCGGAGAGAACGAAUACAACUCGGAUGACGACUAUGGAAGCGUCAGCUUUGAAAUCGUCAAAGUUGAAAUGAUUUGUAAUGCAGAAAAUGCAUCAUGACGCGAGGCACGUGUGUUGCAGAGCAGGCAAGUGGGGCCGAUUGUGAGCCUGUUUGGGGUUAGAGCUCGAGCUGCUAAAGUAGCAUGAGAAAAUCAGUCUUCUUUGCCUAAACAGCAUGACAAACUGGAUUUAACGACCACCAAAAUUUGUCAUGCGCCACUUGGAAACUGGGUUCCAAUUGGCAUUCAUUUUAUGCAUGACAAAUCAUUUCAACUUUGUCAAUUUCAAUCCUGACGCUUCCAUAACGACGAAACCAAAAACGGCACCGGCCCGCAGCACAUUCCGCUGGACGACGUAUAAGUGCCAUAUAUUGCAUUUAUAUAGCGAUAUUAGAAGUAGCUCUAGUUGUUUUUCUUUGUUUUUUUCUUUGUCAUUUUCCCAUCGGACGAACUCGCACUAAGACUAAGGUCUCUCGUCCACAAUUGUCAUUUUUCAAGUAAGUAUUCAGGUAUGGGUUUAACCUCAUGAAAGAAACUGCUCCUCCUUUACUUAGGUGAAGGCCAUGGAGCCGAUGGACCGGAUUGCGAAGUUCGAAGAUAUGGCGCUCUCAAACGUUCUUACAUUAGUCACUCUAUAAAUAUACAUGAUUUGUCAUGCAAAAUCGCUAUCACCCUCGCGUGGCCCUCCAAACGAUCAAGCCACUUCGCGUUCGCAUGACUAGUUUUCGUUUUUUAUGCGCUGAAUGUAAUCGAAAAUCUUGCCACAUCUUCAUAUGCAAGAUGUGCAAGCCUCCACCCCCUUCCACUUUUGCUAGUCAACAUCAGGCGUCACAAAUUCAUCUGUAAUCUAAUACGUAGUCAAUGUAAGUGGUUUGAGAAUCUUUCCAUAAAAGAGAUGUUUGGCAUCGAGCUCCACAUCAAUCGCGAAGACGACCCGUCGACCGUGCUCGAAAUAUGCACUGCAAAAGUAUGGUACUAGUAUGACUUGCAUCACAAAUUUCCUCAGCAUGAAAAAUGGAAUUUGUAAUGCUUAUUGACCUUAGGAAAAAUAUUUGUGAUGCAUGACUGCAAUUGGUACGAAUAGGAGUACGAUGCUUUUGCAUUGCAUACGAAAACGUGCCCGGGAACUCCCAUGGCAUCACGGGCAACCCGCUGACGUUGGCGCAGUGCGAGGAACUAUUGGACCCGACGCAGCCGAAUUCCUUGUUGAACAUCGUGCGUCUGCUUCCCCUGUCCUUCCUCCGCGAGAAAAAGGUCCUGGACCAAAUUAUCGUGACCAACAAAUUGGCGAUGAAGUCCUUCGGGCCCUGCGCCGGAUUGGUAUCAAAUGCAAAAGCAUCGUACUAGUACAAAUCGCAAAAAAAAAUCGCAUGACAAACUUCCUCAGCAUAAGAAAGAAAAUUUUUAAUGCGGAUUUAACCUGAGAAGGAAAUUUGUAAUGCAUGAAUGCGAUUAGUACGAGUCCGAUCCUUUCGCACAGGAUAAUUGGCGGGCAGCCGCAAGAUGUGGCUUGCCUUCGGAUACUGUCUAAACAAGGACACGUUUUACCUAGGCGUCGCAAAUAUUGCCGUGUUUCCGUGGGGGGGCUGUUUGGAUUUCUGAUGUUGAGCUUUGUAUGUGGCGGUUGAUAUCUGUGACGCAUGAAAGCAUUGGGGACUGUCUUUCUGUCGUGCUCGAAUAAACAUGCAGUCUGUCUUUGUCAUGCAAAAGACGGUGGAAUUCGUAUUCGAUCGUCACGGCGGCUCCCGAAAAACUUGUACUCUAUGCGUUCAUGACCUACACGACUAGCACAAGGCCGCUUUGUUACGUAAAACUCAGCGUGACCAAUCGCGUGCUUUCAUCCAACCUACCCAGCAGACAUAGAAAGUAUUUGCAUGGCAUAUUUUCACGAGCUGUACCACCUGAUCGACCAGUAUGAGAGUGCACAACUCCCCCUCCCCCUCAUUUGUCAUGCAAAGUGCCUAACUAAGGGCCUUGACGCUUGGCACUGUUUGCAUGACAAGUUUUGGCAGCCCAAAUAGAGAUACAGUCCUGUCCAAAUAAUUUGUCAUGCAAAUCCUGUAUUCUUGCUGACCCUGACGCUUGUAUUCCUGUUCAUGCAAUAGAAAUGAGGGGGAGGGGGAGUUGUGCACUUUCAUAACCAGGCCGACAACAACAUCAACGACCCGAAGGACAUAUGCAUUGCAAAAUUAUCGUACUUGUACAAGAACUAGUAGGAAUUGCAUUACAAAUUUUAUUUGGCAAGAGCAAAAGUGUCAUUUGUAACGCUGAUGCAGGUUGGCAAAGGUAUUUAUCCUGCAUAACUGCAAUCACUACGAGUACGAUACUUUUGCAGUGCAUAAGACACGGAGUGGCGCGCCCUGCACCCGCCCGAGUUCCGCUACCUGUACGAGCGGAAUCCGCGGGAGAGCAACCACGGCCUCUGCUUCGACGCGGGGAAAGCCCCCAAAGACUUCGCGUGCGGCUACGGCAUGAGCAACGUUCGGGAAGACAAGGCCUGCAUCUUGGCGUUCUGGAUGUGCGCCAGGAAAAAGUACAGGGCCCGCAUAAAGGACGAACCGGUGCUGGAAUCGAAGAUCCGAAUCAUGGAGGAGGAACUGGCGCGUUUUAUCCUGAGUAAAAGCAUCCCCAUACCAGAGUCAAGAUGGGGAAUCGGCUAGACAAGUCCACGAAAUUUGGCUGUUUUGCAUGACAAAUUUGGAAUCGCAGCGUAGUGCUGUUUGAGGUAGUUCAGCAGCAUCACAGAUCUAGUAUAUCAUUCUGAUUGGCGCAUUACAAAUUCCAAAAUACGACCAAAAAAUGCUUCUCAUGUGUCUCCGCAUGACAAACAUUUUGAGCAUGCAGAUUUGCAUGACAACUCUGGGGUGGGGACGUUUUUACACAGGAUACGUUUUGACCCCGGCUUCCGGCAAACGGUGGCGGCUGGCGAACCGAAACCAGUGGCUUCUUCUUCUGCUUCAUAAAAACGAUGCACGAGAUCGAGAUCAGAAAACGAGAUCAAGGGUUGAAGCUUAAAAGAGGGAGACGAGGACAGUCUCAUUGUCAUUGAGUAGCCCUACAACCGGAAGUAAAAAGAAGGAGGAGCUACAACUUGUGUAGUUGCAAAUAACAGUACUCGCGACGACAAGCUAAGUGGGAUGAAAGAUGAUGAGGCGUGCUGUCGUGGAAGAGGUAUUUGUGGAACAUCACCUCUAUUUGUUUUGCGCCUUUUUUCCCUUUCGUACAGUAGAAACACGACGAGAAACUUCUUCUACACGGAAUUAUUCCCCGCCGUGGUCAUCAAUAUUUAUCAUCUCCCGAUGUCUUGCUAGUUGUUGGAGGGACGUUCUCGAUUUCUAGUUUUUGUUUCUGCCAGAAUAACAAUAAAUAGCAUUCAACACGUACUACAUGUCAAUAUCAAAACUUCCCCAUUGAAAAGAGUUGUCCUGCCCGACUGGUUUCUCAUUGUAUAGUAUCUUUCAUUUAUUGUCCCCUCGUCACGAUUUUUAUAUGUAGUGAGGUCACCGAACGGUUCUAACCAGGGAGUUUUUUUGACACCUACCCUGAAAAACGACCGGCAGUUUUCAAGCGACCGGAGGCGUUUUUUGACAUAAAAAAUUUAUAAUUAUCAAGCGGACGGGGCUUUGCCAUCAAACAAGCCCGGUCGAAGACUAUCGAUUCGCACUGGAUAAAACGACGCAGGGGAGCCGGCAAAAGGGGCGCCCUUCCGAGGCGGCCACCGCCUUAGUUUCUGGCGAUUUGGGGCGCCCAAAAAGGGGCGCGCAAAAAACGCGUCCAAAAUCAGAACAGCGAAACAGCAUGGCACGGCCGCGAUUUCGGAGCAUUUUGGGCGGCCGCGAAAGCGGCCGCCUUUUCGCCGGUUUCAGAGCCUGGGAAGCUUUGCAAAAAGCGCCGGCGUGAAAAAUAAAAACGCGAAAAAGAAAAAGCGGCCCGCACGCGCAAAGCCAAUCCGCAUGCUAUGGGCCCGAUUUUUCUUCGCUUUUUGGGCGCCCCCCGUGGCACCCGGAUCGGCCCCAUAGCAUGGGGGCUGGCUUUCGGAAAGGAAUUUCGGAAAUUUUCCAAAAUUUGCGACGUUUCCCAAGUGGCCGCCAUACCGUGCGGCAUAACGUUACUCACGGCGGUAUGGCGAGCCCAUAGAACGCAAAGCCGCGGCCAAGGCUGCGGUCGGCAAAAAAACGCCCACGACCUCACUACCUCCGCCUCGGCGGCUAUUAUUGGUCGUCUUUUCUUUCCUCUGCUCUCGACGAGCAGUAAACUUGCCAACCAGUGGCAUCCAUUUGCGUUGACAACGCCCGCUGAUGUCACCCCACUUUUGCUCCACGACUAAGAACUUCUGCAACAAUUCUUUUUCCUGUACGAAAAUCACUAUUUCGCGAAACGUAAAC